AACGCCCGCCACACGCUGCCCCCGGACCUCGGCGCCGCCCCAAUGGCGACUCUCUCCGCUCCCUUGCUCCGUUCUCUCCUCCCUAUACGCUCCUCGCCGCGCCGCUUUCCGGCCGCCGCCUUCUCGCACAGGUUCCGUCCACUCGAAUCCCUCUUCUCCUCUAGGCCCUCGCACACCGUCGUCCGCUCCUCCUCCACCGCGUCACCGGAAGCGGCCGUGGCAACGGGAGAGGUAGCACAAAGUGAAGCUGUCGAGGAGGAGGCGCGGGUCGUGCUCCCCACCAACGAGUCCUCCGAGAACCUACUCCGCAUCCGCCACACCUGUGCCCAUGUCAUGGCCAUGGCCGUCCAGAAGCUGUUUCCCAACUCCAAAGUGACCAUAGGACCCUGGAUAGAAAAUGGCUUCUACUACGACUUCGACAUGGAGCCCCUGACAGAUAAGGACCUCAAGAAGAUCAAGAAGGAGAUGGACCGGAUCAUCCGGAAGAACCUCCCACUGGUGAGGGAGGAGGUGAGCAGGGAAGAGGCUCAAAAGAGGAUCGAAGCGCUUAAUGAGCCAUAUAAGCUGGAGAUUUUGGAGAGAAUCAAGGAAGAACCCAUCACAAUUUAUCACAUUGGAGAAGAGUGGUGGGAUCUGUGUGCUGGCCCUCAUGUUGAGACUACUGGCAAAAUACAAAGGAAGGCUGUUGAGCUUGAGUCUGUCGCUGGUGCUUACUGGAAAGGCGAUGAGAAAAAUCAGAUGCUACAAAGAAUAUAUGGGACUGCGUGGGAGAGUGAAGAUCAACUGAAGGCUUACAUCCACUUCAAGGAGGAGGCCAAGCGCAGAGAUCAUCGGCGACUAGGUCAGGACCUUGAUCUAUUCUCUAUAGAGGAAGAUGCUGGUGGGGGUUUAGUAUUCUGGCACCCGAAAGGUGCUAUUAUCAGGCACGUCUUAGAAGAUUCGUGGAAACAAAUCCACCUGCAACGUGGUUAUGAUCUACUGUACACGCCACAUGUUGCGAAGGCUGAUCUCUGGAAGAUUAGUGGACAUAUAGAUUUCUACAAAGAGAACAUGUACAACCAAAUGGAUGUAGAAGAUGAGCCAUAUCAACUUCGGCCCAUGAAUUGCCCUUACCACAUCUUGGUAUACAAGAGAAAGCUACACUCAUAUAGGGAUCUACCCAUCAGAGUGGCAGAGCUUGGAACUGUCUACAGAUAUGAGCUCUCUGGUGCUCUGCAUGGGCUGUUCCGUGUAAGAGGGUUUACACAGGAUGAUGCCCACAUAUUUUGUCUCGAGGACCAGAUAAAAGAUGAAAUUAGAGGGGUUCUUGAUUUAACUGAAGAAAUACUGGGGCAGUUUGGCUUCCGGCGUUACGAGGUAAACCUUUCAACCAGGCCAGAAAAAUCUGUUGGCAGUGAUGACAUAUGGGAAAAGGCAACAAUUGCUCUGAAAGAUGCGCUAGAUGACAAAGGUUGGGGGUACACGGUUGAUGAAGGGGGAGGUGCUUUUUAUGGUCCAAAAAUCGAUCUUAAGAUUGAGGAUGCUCUUGGAAGAAAAUGGCAAUGUUCUACUGUGCAGGUUGAUUUCAAUUUGCCUGAACGGUUUGACAUCACUUAUGUCGACUCAAAUAGUGAGAAGAAGCGACCUAUCAUGAUUCAUAGAGCUGUCCUUGGGUCUUUGGAGCGCUUUUUUGGUAUCCUAAUUGAAAAUUACGCUGGUGACUUUCCACUUUGGCUUGCUCCAACCCAAGCCCGUAUUCUACCUGUGACAAACAAUGAGCUGCAAUACUGCCAGGAGGUGGCUUCAGAGCUGAAAUCAAGAGGCAUCCGUGCUGAGGUAUGCCAUGGUGAGCGCCUGCCAAAGUUAAUCAGGAACGCCGAGACACAGAAGGUGCCGCUUAUGGCGGUUGUCGGUCCUAAGGAAGUCGAAGCCAGGACACUCACCAUCAGGUCCAGGCAUAGCGGGGAGAUGGGCACCAUGCCCGUCGACGACUUCAUCAGCAAAGUCCAAUCCGCUAUCGCCGACAAAUCUUCCUUGUAGAUGCUGCCAUUCGUACUGUAGAGCAAUAGAUCUUCUGCACAUACUCCAUACUCCGCCCACCGGUGCUUCGGAUGAAGCUUAGCAACUGAAGUCUGCAGGAGAAGAUCCAACAGUUUUUUGC